AGUUAUCCUGCUGUUACUGUAACAGGCGCUUUUUCUAGUGGGAGCUGGAGAGGCGGCAGCGGGAAGAAAAAGUUGGGCACUGGACUGCUUGCCGAAGCCUGUCCUUUAAGUGUCACAGAACUGGGGAAAAUGGCCUCGAUACUGCUUGCACAUCAUGUGACUUUCAAUCUGCAGCAAAACUCCAGGCUACUUUUACCAUGUGUUAGAUAUAUCAGUCAAGCUGCAGCAAAGAAAAAUGUUGACUUUGAAUAUGACAGUCCUCUUAUGAAGACAGAAGUCCCAGGACCAAGAUCAAGGGAGUUGAUCAAACAACUUAGUACAAUACAGAACUCUGAAGCUGUACACUUUUUUUGCAACUAUGAAGAAAGCAGAGGAAACUAUCUUGUUGAUGUGGAUGGAAACCGAAUGUUAGAUUUGUACUCACAAAUAUCAUCCAUUCCUAUUGGCUAUAAUCAUCCAGCCCUUAUAAAAAUUUUGCAGCAACCACAGAAUUUGAGCACAUUUGUUAACAGACCAGCUCUUGGCAUUUUACCACCUGAGAACUUCACAGAAAAGCUGGAGGAUUCCUUACUAUCGGUUGGUCCUAAGGGAUUAAGACAAGUUAUUACAAUGUCCUGUGGAUCAUGCUCUAAUGAAAAUGCAUUUAAGCUCAUAUUUAUGUGGUACAGAAAUAAAGAACGAGGUCACACAGGUGUUACUAAGGAAGAAUUGGAUUCUUGUAUGAUUAACCAGUUUCCAGGUUGUCCAGAUUAUAGCAUUUUAUCCUUCAUGGGUGGUUUUCAUGGCAGGACUAUGGGAUGUUUGGCAACAACACACUCUAAAGCUAUCCACAAACUGGACAUUCCUUCUUUUGACUGGCCUAUUGCCCCAUUUCCAAGGCUAAAAUAUCCAUUGGAGCAGUUUGUUAAGGAAAACCAAGAUGAAGAGGCUCGUUGUCUAGAAGAAGUGGAAGACCUGAUUGUAAAAUAUAGAAAAAAGAAGAAGACUGUUGCUGGCAUUGUGGUGGAGCCCAUCCAGUCUGAAGGAGGAGACAAUCACGCUUCAGAUGACUUUUUUAGGAAACUGAGAGAUAUUUCUAGAAAGCAUGGUUGUGCAUUUUUGGUGGAUGAAGUGCAGACUGGAGGAGGAUCUACCGGAAAAUUCUGGGCUCAUGAACAUUGGGGAAUGGAUGACCCGGCUGAUGUAGUGUCGUUCAGUAAGAAAUUGAUGACAGGAGGAUUUUUUCACAAAGAAGAAUUCAGGCCUAAUGCACCCUACCGUAUUUUUAAUACCUGGCUCGGGGACCCAUCAAAGAAUCUCCUCUUGGCUGAAGUGUUAAAUGUUAUUAAGAGGGAAGCUCUUCUAAGUAAUGCUGUGCAGGCUGGAAAGGCUCUUCUAGAUGGACUGCUGGAUUUCCAGACUCGUUACCCACAUCUUGUAAGCAGAGCCAGAGGCAGAGGAACAUUCUGUUCAAUUGACACUCCUAGUGAUGCAAUUCGAAACAAAUUAAUAUUACAAGCAAGAAACAAAGGUAUUGUGCUGGGAGGUUGUGGUGACAAGUCGAUUCGCUUCCGACCAACUUUGGUUUUCAAAGAGCACCAUGCUCACCUGUUCCUCAACAUCUUCAAUGAUAUUCUUGCGGACUUUAAGUAGAAGUCAGAUUGUACUGAGCGGCCGAGUGGAGCCAGAGGUGGAGAUCUGUAUUGUGUCAGCCUGGCUGUUCCAUACGCACAGUUCAGGUUUAACCUCACCUAACAAGUAGUGGAAGGGUGUUUGGAUUUCAUACCGAAACAGCCUUCCCAUAAAUAACUAUUUCAAUGUGCCACAGCAAUGUCUAUUUUCUUAGUAAAAACUGUUUUUUUCCUAGUGUACAGCAUAGGCUAUGCAGGGAUAUUACAGUGUGUAAACCUAGCACACAUUAUAUGGCGACAUUCAUUUUAUUAUAGUUAUAUAUAACUAAGAAGAAGCUUAAAACAAAAACAAUAUAAAAUGUAAACAUAUAACAGGUAUAUUUCUCAUUCCUGCCUUUAUUAAAUUGUUUUGUAUUAGCCAUAAUUAUUUGGCGUAUGUUUUAGUAGAAUGUUAUCUCUGUGCAUGUGUAGCUGUUUUUGAAAAAUAAGAAAAGAAAUGUAUGGUCUGUUCAUUUCAUUUUAUCCCUCCCUGGUAACAGUGCAUUGUUUAGUGAUAUAAUUGGAUCAUUGCUAGCCAAUCACUGGUGCUCGGGAUGGUGAAAAUGACCUCCUUGGCAACAGUCCUGAGAUUGAUUGGUUUUCUUUGUCCUAAGGUUCAGAUAGCUGUUAGAAUAAAUAGAAGGACACUUUGUGUUAAUAAUAUAGAUACAGCUGCUGUUCAGAUAUAAAGCAUCUGUUCAAAAUCAGAAUUUAAAGUAUAAUUUUUGUGUGUCUGUAAAUAUGGUGCACGCCACUUUAAAGCCCAUUAAGGAUUAACACACAUAUAUAUAUAUAAUACACAUACAUAUAUAAGUUGAAAAAAGAUAUAACUAGAUCUAGCUUAAUUUUUCUGCUGCUAUUACAAGACUUACAGGCCCUAUUUAUUGGGUGUAUUUAGCACAUAUGCAUAUUGCAUUUCCUGUGAUGGCCAUAAAACACAUAAGGAAGCAGAGCAGCGCUGCCUACAAAUUGCUGCCCUUAGCCCCAUGAUAGGGUGGAACCAUAUAACAGUAAGUGGUGGAGUUGAAUUUGUUGAUAGCUGUGUAGGACUUACUCGCAGUGCAAGGCCUCUAAAUGUACUUUGUACUUAAGCUAAAGCUUAACUUUAAGUAAACACAUUUCUUAAGGAUAAUUUGGGCUACGGAAUAAGGCACUUGUGAAAGUCUGUGUGUGAGAUAUAUGAAUUUAAAUAACAUAUCUUAAAUUAUGUAGCAUGACUUAUAACUAUUCUAAACUAAGAAAUAAUGUGGUUACAAGUUUUUUUUAAUGGCAUUUUUAUAAUUAGUACAAGUUAGAAAUCUAUGACCCACUAUUGACACCAAGAGAAAAUGAGAUGAAAGAGGAUUAAGUUAUUAGGUGCUGUAACUAAAUGAACAUGUUAUACUGUUUACAGCGUUAAGAGUGCCAAACAUGUAAAAAGGACUAAUUAAACAUCACAGUGUGAUUAUGUCGUCAGAUAUGUGAAUUUAAUUGUUUCAUGUGUUAAUUAGUUUCAAAUAAAGUCUAUUUGUAAGUUUAAA